GUCCCCGCAUCCCCGCCCUCCCUCCGCGCCCCUCACCCCGGUCCCCGGCUCGCCCCGCUCUGCUUCGGCGCCGCCGCGAUCCCGGGCGAUGCCCCGCUACGAGUUGGCUUUGAUUCUGAAAGCCAUGCGGCGGCCAGACACUGCUGCUGCUUUGAAGCGUACCAUCGAAUUCCUGAUGGAGCAAGGAGCCAUAGUGAGGGACCUGGAAAACCUGGGCGAGCGAGCGCUUCCUUACAGGAUCACCAACCACAAUCAGAAGCACAGAAGAGGCGGGUAUUUCUUGGUGGAUUUUUAUGCCCCAACAAGUGCUGUGGAAAACAUCCUGGAACACUUGGGGCGAGACACUGAAGUGAUUAGACCAAAUAUUGUGAAACACCCUCUGACCCAGGAAGUGAAAGAGUGUGACGGCAUAGUCCCAGUCCCACUUGAGGAAAAACUAUAUUCAGCGAAGAGGAGAAAUAAGUGAGAAGAGUCACCAGAUUUGGGCCUUUUAUUUAAUUCUAAGUGCACACUGGGUAGGAUGCUCUGGCCUAUGACCUUUUUGCUGCCAGAGGUGGGAAUUGCUCACCAAUUAUCGUGGGUGUGAGUUCAUCAGCAUUGUAGGAUUUGUCUGUGGGGGUAAUCACACCACUGCAGCAUUUUUAAGAGCAAAAUAUUUGUCAUUUGCCCUCAGUCGUUUGGCAGACCUAUAUGGAAAACAGAGAGCGGAGUAAUAAACACGACUUCACCAA